AUGCGAUUAGCCACACGAGGUCUUCUCAGACGGCCUACUACUCUUCUUCUCUGCGCGCCUCGGUUUCGAGAAAGUGCUUGUGCCAAAGACCACGUUCUCUCCAAAUCCACCCGAGGAUUCUUCGGGGGUCGGCCUUGGGAUGGCACCUGUAGACGGCAUUACUCAGCCUCUCCCACCCCUGGGAUCAAUCUCCCUGCCCGAGAGCAAGAGUUAGAGUCUGGUGCUCACGCUCCCUGUGGAAACGAUCCGCGAGGCAGAGAAUGGGACUCCUUGCUUGACGAGGCAUUCAUUUACGGCAUUCGCACUAAAGAACAACUAUGCUUCGAAGCGGAUAUUGGCCAUCAGCGAGAGGUUGGAUCCCGCUUGAUUGACAAGCCAACGCACCGUCAGAAUAUAGAGUUAUGGCAUCUCUUGACCCGAGUGCAAGCUCUCAUGAAUGGGCACGAAGGCAUCAAAGCCGUUUGGCGUGGAGCAAUCUAUCGCGGAGACUCUCUUCGCUUCGACAAUAAGGAUCCUUUCGUGAAUGCUUUGUGGUUCACAUUUCUUUCGGCUGGGACCAAUGAUUACCUUUUUCUCGCCCAAAUGUGCAAAAUUGCUCUCAGAUACAAGGCGGACAGGCCGGCUUUCUUUUCCGAGGUUGUGGAUGCGAGUCUAGAAGGUGAACAACCAGAAAAUGCCUCGAAGAUCGCAAGGUGGUUACUGGAGCCUCAGUAUCGCCUUUAUCGGGGCCGACAAGAUCUCUUAAGCGCAUUUUCGGCAGCUUGCCGUUCAAAAACAUCAGCUCUUCGCGAGUUUUGCAAAAUCUACGAUCUAGUCCCAAAUGCGCAUAUCUAUGACGAUAUUAUCGCUGAACUUUGGGAAUCUAGUCGUGCUUCUGAUGCUUUCGAGGUACAUGCCUAUUUGAUAUCAAAACGAGAUCUACCCUCUGAUUUCGAGGUCCUCGUACCGUUCAUCAGGCACCUGGCGGCUCACGAUAAACAGCUCGGCAGCUUCCUGGGACCACUUAGUGCGGCCGGUGCUUCGUUUGAAGCACAGGCGCGCCGAGAAUGGUCGCGAGCAAGAAGGAAGGUGAUAGGCUUCUCUCCUGGCAGCAUGGAUGUCGUGUCUAGCAAUACCUUAGGCACUGCGCCCAAGAAGUUGAGCGACGAAUUUAUAGCUCGAGCUUUCGCUACCCGAGCAUUUUCCUUUGAUUUUGCGGUCAAUAGUCUAAGGCUUAUUGGCUUAAUCGAAGUUGGACCCCUCGCCGUCCGAGAAAUAGCGAGCACGGCACCAGACAACGCUAGAUUGCAGGCUAGGUUUGAGAAGUUGAAGGAACUUGAAAUCGAUACCGGAUCGUCCUCAUUUGUACAGAUCAUCAAAAAAUUGUGCUACUCGGGACAAUGGGAAAUGAUCCAAAACAUCCUCAACACAGACAUGCAUCAUGAAGUCUUCGAGGACUUGGAGUUGCAGAAGCAACUCUUGGUAGAGUACUGUCGAAUCAAGGAUUGGAAGCAGAUCAAUCGCACUUUGACAAUACUUUGUCACGGAGAAUUCAAUGAAGAAGCCAAACUGCGAUCUGCAGUGCUAAUGGUCAAAUCGAUGCUGCAGAUUGGUGACUGGCCUGCGGCUGCCUCCCUCUUGAGGAACCUCCCAAAGGGUCGCAAGGACAUUACUGCGGCGCUUCCAUCAGACGUCACUGAGAUGUUACGAGCCAAAAAUAUGGCCGAACUUCUUCGUUCCACAGGGGUGGAUCAGACCGCCUUUGUGACGGGGUUGCUUCAAGAUCUGCUGGUUUCUGGUUUCUCCUUUCCAGUGAAGUACUGGCGAGUUUCUUUAAGGGCUUUGGGUCAGACAGGCCGUCUCCGAGAACUCGAGGCUCUCAUAUACUGGCUAGCAGAAGUCUACAGAGCAAAUGGCCUGUACGAACAGGAACAUAACACCACCCUACCCCAACGCAACUCCGAUUUGGAUGAGUUAUUCAACGAAACAUUCCAAAUGGCUUUGGUAAGAUGGUGCUUCAAGCCUCGCAGAGGGAUGCGCAAGGUAUCGCCUGAGCAAUGUCUACGCUGGACUCGCAUUCUGAAAAGGCUCCGCGACAACUAUGGUGUGCAGAUUCGGGAGCAUCGUAUUCGUUGGGCCUACAUAUACAGUCUCCGCUGGAUAUUUGGUCCUGGCAUGUUGUCGAAACCACAAGGAUGGAUGCGACGGUACCGCACAAUUGCUCUCAAGCGCUACUGGAAUAUGUACGACAAGAUGUGGGACAUGAAACCGGCUAGAAUCAUUGACGCAUAUGACCGAGUUGAGGUCGUCCUUCGAGGCGGGAAGCCGAGGGCUAGCAGAGAUCGUGGCCAGCAACGGGGUUUACCUUUUCGAGAAGCCCCUGCCAAGGUAAUGCCGCAAGAUGUUGUUCAGUACAUGGAUAUUUUCCAUCCAUCUUGGGACGAUUAUAGAAAGUGA